CCAGUCUACAUUCCAGUCCAGGAGAUGGGAAACAAAGCAACAGAUAAGGCAAAUCCAGAAGAAUCUCCAACAAAUGAAACCAUUUACUGCAGAGCCUUGGCUGAGACUCUACACGAAAUUACCCUGCCUGUGACGGUGGGAUUUUUUGCCCCGUGGGGGCGAAACAAGAAAAUGCUUAUAAACAACAUAGAAAAUCACAUGAGCGAGAAAAGCAACCAAAGCAACAAUGGAACCGAAGAUGCAAGACCCGUGUUCAUCUUCUUGUUCAUCCUCCACAUAAUUUUUGCAUGCCCUGGUUUGACCCCGGGAAAGCCUAAAAGCAUCCGAUAUAUUUUCAUCAACUUUGAUGCCUGGGAAUAUGUAGGAUGCGAUUGUACCUGGGCCGGCCUCGUUACAACACUGCUUGAUGAGACUGAAGGGAAGAACAAAAUCUCAUUCAGCGCUUUUAGGGUUUUUGGUGCGGAAUUCCCUAAAGAGACUGGGAAGAAAAAGAAAUGGGUUUUGAAAGGAUGGACUAAAGUCUUCUUGUCUUGUCUUGCAUGUCUGCUUCUUGGCUUAUCUCUAAUUAUUGUGCUGAUGAGGGAAAAAAUGGGAGGCCAUUUAUGGGAAAACAUGGCAUACACAGUAACAUCACUGUUUGGCCUCUUUUCUUUGCCUUUUAUAUGCUGCAUGAAAAACCUUUUAUUCACACUGAAAAAGGAGCUUGAGAAAGAAAUGAACAGAAAGAAUCUCAGUGACCAGCUGGGCUUCAUGCACCUUGUGAAGCAAGAGGUGAAAACAAUAACUGAUUUCCUCCGUUUCAUGGCUUUCGAGGAGAAUCAGGAGAUCCGGGUGGUCCUGAAGAUCAUCAAUUUGGACCUAUGCACUCCAGACAAAGUGGUGGCAGUUCUGGAUGCCAUGAAGAUCCUUCUUUCGGACAAAGAUGCUCCGUUUAUCACCAUCUUGGCUGCUGAUCCAAAAAUCCUCGUGGACAGUAUCCAGCGGUCAAGUAACACCUGGAGCAACGGCUACUUAUACUUAGAUCAAAUUGUGUCCCUGCCCUUCUCCUUGCCCCCGAUGAGUUUUAAGGCCAAGAAGCAGCUGCUCAAAGAGACUGUGAAAAAGGAAGUGAAGCCUCUUCCUGAUAAAGGAACACAGUAUGGCAAGAUAGACUCACUGAGCAGAGAGAGCAUUCUUUGUGACUUUAAAAAAAUAUUCGAAGAGGAAUUUGACGACUACAUUCCUGGGAAUUCUGUCCAAAUGAUCCGGGUUGUCAACUCAGUGCUGACUAUCCUGUAUAUGCUCAAGCUGGGAUUUAUACCCAAACUAGGGGGGUUGACUGUGGAAGAGGACAGUAAGGUGAUCCGAGAGGUGACAGAUUGGGUUAUUCUUGCCCACUUUUGGCCUUGCCGAUUGAGCUGGAUUUUCCAGUGUGAGGAAGACAAGCGGCAGCAGGAAGAGCUCAAGAAGCUCAAGAAGCUGGAGGAGGGCAACAGCGAAAGCAGAGAAGGAAACCAACAGUGCGAAGUGCCAGCAAGAGAUGAGAAAACGUUACUGGACUUUUACGAGGACAAUGCUUUGGAGUUAGACAAGAUUAAGAAUAACAUCAGAGAACUCCUGGAGCUGGAUGGAGAUCCUGACCUUUUCAGAGUCUUCUUGAAUAAGAGCCAUUUUACUGUGGAGCAGGCCAAAUAUUUUUCUGACCUUCUCAUAAAUUUGGACUUCUCUUUGAAAAGGCGGUUUGAGUUGCUGCGGGGCCUAAAUCGUAUGACCGAUGAGUCAUCGUCUGCUGAGAAGAACAGUGGAGGAUAAUUCAAGAGGUCCCAGCAGUUCGAAAAUAGAUAUGGUUGAGGAUUUUAGUCAGGCUUUGCCAAGCUGGGCCCCUCCAGAUGUUUUGGGCUACAACUCCCAUCAUCCCCAGCCAGUAUGGUAAUCCAAAACAUCUGGAGGGCACCAGCUCGAUGAAGGUUGUUCUA